AGAAAUUUAUUUGGAUAGAAGUUCGGUAGCUGGGUGACAAGCCGAGUUCACUUAACAAAAUCGAAGCUAGAAUCGAGCUCUAGUCAAACUCAAACACUCAAAUAUUUAAAAGAAUCGAACUCGAACCUGUUAGUAUUCGGCUCGAUUCAUUUACAGUCAUAUUCGAAGAAUAAGCUAGAAUUUGAAUUGGCCAGCCAUUGAAAUCCCAAGUUGGGUAAUAAAAAUGAUAGGACCUCACAUUUCCUUAUAAAGCAGCCCCAACAGAUCACACAUCUCUAUCCCAAUAUCCAUAAUUGGACAAACCAAUGACUUGUAUUCUUCCCAUUUUCGCUCUCCUCAUUCUCUCCCUCUCGUCUCUCACACUCUCGGAGAGGUGCAACGCAAAUGACAAAAAAGUCCUCCUCCAAAUCAAGAAAGACCUGAAAAACCCGUAUGACAUCAUCACCUGGAGUUCCAAAACGGACUGCUGCGAAGACUGGUACGGCGUGAAAUGCGAUGACAAAACCAACCGCAUUACCCAAUUUGACCUCUCCAAGGCCAACCUCCACCUCCCCAUCCCGGCCGCCGUCGGCGACCUCCCCUACCUCCAAAACCUCGCCAUCCACAACUGCAACGCCACCGGCGUUAUCCCACAAGCCAUUUCCAAGCUCUCGCAGCUCGACUUCCUCGAUCUCAGGCAGAACCUUCUCACCGGCCCCGUCCCAUCUUUCCUUGGAAGCCUCAAAAAGCUCACCUACAUCGGACUGUCGCGCAACGGCCUCACCGGUUCGAUUCCGCCGUCGCUCUCUCAGCUGCCGAAGCUCAGCGGCCUGCUGUUAGACCGGAACAACCUCACCGGCGGAAUUCCUGAAUCGUUUGGGGACUUCAAGGCGAAGCAAAUCUAUUUCUACCUGUCCCGUAAUCAGCUCUCCGGCCCCAUUCCGGCGAGUUUGGGACGUGCGGACUUCAACUUGUUUGAUGUUUCUAGAAACAAGCUGGAAGGGGACAUAUCCUUCAUGUUCGGGAAAAAGAAGAUUUUGAACACCGCCGACUUCUCGAGGAACUUGUUUAAGUUCGAUUUCUCCAAGGUUGAGUUUUCGGACACCAUGCAUAACUUGGAUUUGAGCCAUAACCAGAUUUUCGGGAGCUUACCGGCGGGGUUGACAAAGUUUGAUUAUAUUAAUCUGAAUGUGAGCUACAACAGGCUCUGUGGCCAGAUUCCGGUCGGCGGCAGUCUGCAGGAGCUCGAUUCCACCGUCUUCUUUCACAACAAGUGCUUGUGUGGUAAACCUUUGCCCAACUGCAAAUGAUUGGUGUCAAAUUUUAAUGUUGUUUAAGAUUUGAUAUGUAAUGUGUGAUGUUGCCUAUUAUUAUUGUUAUGGAAUAAAAAUUCAAUCUUGAACCAAAAA